AUGGCUAACGAUCUUGUUCAAGCCCGUGAUGCAUCCCAAGUUUUUGGUGUUGCUAGGAUUUUCGCCUCAUUUAACGAUACUUUUGUUCAUGUUACCGAUUUAUCUGGUAAGGAAACAAUUGCUAGAGUUACUGGUGGUAUGAAAGUGAAAGCUGAUAGAGAUGAAUCAUCUCCAUACGCUGCUAUGUUGGCUGCUCAAGAUGUUGCUGCAAAAUGUAAAGAAGUCGGUAUCACCGCUGUACACGUUAAGAUUAGAGCCACUGGUGGUACUAGAACCAAGACUCCAGGUCCAGGUGGGCAAGCUGCUUUGAGAGCUUUAGCCAGAUCUGGUCUAAGAAUUGGUAGAAUUGAAGAUGUUACACCUGUUCCAUCUGAUUCCACCAGAAAGAAGGGUGGUAGAAGAGGUAGAAGAUUAUAA